GUUCGCCGUGCAUACGCGCGUGGGCUGUAUUUAAGCGCUCUGCAAAGCACUUUUGUUAUUAUUGCUCGAUAUUCGUCCGCGAAGCUGAAAAGCCCAGCCAGACAGUCUGGAAAAUCCAUAGAAACGCAAAUUUUAGCCGGCACUAAAAACCGAAAGUGGCUGUAUCCCCGAUUUUGAUGAGCAGCCAACAGAGAUUUCCGGUAUCCAGCCAAGUGGCGAGGUGGAGUUCCACGCUCCAGGUUUCCGAUGCCCCGAAUAGUUGUAUAAAUUAACUCGUUGCGUACCGAGAUACACGCCCUAUCGCCGGCCGUCCCGCCCCGCCUCCGUCCCGCCCCUUCCGCUCGGCUCAGAAAUCGGAAAGCCAGUAAAUGGAAUGAAAUAAAAUAAAUCAAAACCGCAAAGGCAGCGAAACAGCAGAGUUGACGAAAAAAUAAAAGGCCAGAGCUAAAUAAUAUAAAAUUCGAAAGCGAACGAAUGAAAUCAAAAAACCAACGUAGAGUGACGCGGCCAACACGAAAGAAAUCAUCACAAUAUAUAUUGCAAGUGCAACAGCGGUUGUUUUGGAACUCUGGGGCAACCGGAAACGGAUACGGCGACUAGGAUGAAGGGCAACUACACCCAUCUCACCAUGUACAGUGGGAUCAAUGCCAGUGGCCACGGCAGCGGCAAGAUGUCCCUGGGCAAAUCCAUCAAAAUGUACCUGACCAUUUUCAUUCUGACCACCUGCAUUUACAUGGCUCUCUAUCAGUACCACAUAUCCCAAGAGCCCUUCGCCGCCAGUGACGUCGUCAAGCAUCAAGAGAAAUCAUCGUCAUAUAUCGCCUCAUAUUUGUGGUCACCCAUUUCCCUGCUAAUGGCCAAUAGUUCCUCCAACACUAUUAACCCAUCCACAACAACAAGCACAACAACAAGCACAACAACAGCUCCAACCACAACAACAACAACAGCAGCUGGCACAGUGGGCCAAAAGCUGGGUGCAUCCUCCGCCUCCAUUCGCAUGGUUUCAUUAGCGGCCACCACACCCACAUUUAUGUCUUCGUCAUCGCAACUAAGAUCGGGAUCGGUGGGUGGCCAUCGAAAUACUGCGGGCAUUAGGACCUCAAGCACCUCAACCAGCACAACCACAACAACCAUAGCCACAGCCAGUGGGCUGGCAACAACGACAACAACAACAGCCAAAACAAGCGCCAAAACAUCCGCGGCGGCCACGCCCACUGCCUCCCACAAGGAAAACGCCCAUAAGACUCGAACAACAUUUGUUGCCGCAUCCGAGCCCCCGCCCCUGUACAUAAUCACGCCCACCUACCGACGACCCGAGCAGCUGGCGGAGCUCACCCGACUGGGAUAUACCUUAAAGCACGUGGUGAACCUGCUCUGGCUGGUCAUCGAGGACGCCAACGCUACGAACCCGCUGGUGGGCCACACUCUGGACCGGAUCGGAGUGCCCUACGAGUACAUGGUGGCACCCAUGCCCGAGAAGUACAAGCAGACGAAGAGGGCCAAGCCGCGUGGCGUCUCCAAUCGGAAUCGGGGCCUCGAGUAUCUGCGCCAACAUGCCACCGAGGGAGUGCUCUACUUUGCCGACGACGACAACACCUACGACAUUAGCAUAUUCGAGCAGAUGCGUUACACUACCAAGGUAGCCAUGUGGCCGGUUGGCCUGGUGACAAAGACCGGAGUGAGCAGCCCCAUAAUUAAGGAUGGCAAAAUGGUGGGCUAUUACGAUGGCUGGAUCGGAGGUCGGAAAUAUCCCGUGGAUAUGGCCGGAUUUGCAGUGAGCGUCAAGUUCCUGAAGGAGCGACCCAAUGCCCAGAUGCCCUUUAAGCCGGGCUACGAGGAAGACGGGUUCCUCCGCAGUCUGGCGCCACUUGACAAUACGGAAAUCGAGUUCCUGGCCGACGAGUGCCGAGAUAUUCUCACGUGGCACACACAGACGAAGAAGAACGCGCCCGCCCAGGCGCUGAACAGGACGCACUACAAGAACACGAACCUGGAGCACAUAGACAAGCUGCUGGUGCGCCCAUAGGGAUACUGACUGUAGUUAGCUAGUUAGGCUUAGCCAGCGGAGCCCACUGUCUCCAUACAGACACAGUGGAUCGCUCCCAUUUUGACCGUGGCUCUGGCGGGUUGUACAGGUACAACCCGGCGCACGGAGAAACCAAUCAGAUUUGAUCAGAUCAUUAGUCGGUGUACAUUACUACCAUAAUCAUACGAGUAGUUAGGCUCUAAGCGCACACCCCUCUAUGAUAAUUCGAUGCACCGUAGGCUUUGUUUGACACCUUACACGUAAUCGUACCAUAUACACUCCUAAUCUUACCUUAAGUAACGUAUUGUAUCAUAUCGCAGCGUCCACGACUAUUUUGUAAAUAAUCGCAAUGCUUAGUUUAAGCUUAAACUUGUUUACGCUCUAAGUUGAAACGGAUUUACCACCCAUGAAAGCAAACUUCAGCAACGAAUUGGAUAAGAUGUUCCUAGACCAAAGAAGAAGGCCCCCAAAGUUCUGCACUCACCGUUCCCUUGGGGAAAUUAAAUCACCUGUGACAGCCGGGACCUCCAACUCCGUCCGUAGGAUUCGUGCGAGGUCAAGGCCUGAACCACAUCAGCAAUCAAUUAGGGCAAGGUGUCAACAAGAACGUAUUUCCCCGAAUUCUCCCGAAACCGGGGCAAGCGUUUCAAUAAUGCAUGUCGACAUAUGGAUGGAUUUUCGAGGCGAGUGGCACAGAUAAGUCGUGCACGGAUGAGCCUCCUUCCCCGGAGAAUCCAAAUCGCGUGCUUCACCAAAAUUGCACGAAGCUAAAUUGGAUACAAGCAGAAGGAAGGGGACACAGUUUAAACAUUGUAAUGGGUCCUGCUAAUGGGACUGAAUGGCUCAAAAGUUUGGCAAAAUCAAUUUCAUUCUAAGCGCCACACGAUAUUUUGUUGAACGAGAACUCUUUGUAUGCUUAAGAUAUGCAUUUUCUUUCCGAAACGGGUUUCCAACGCAUAACUUUUUGUCACUACUCAUAAGUACGCUAAGUUAAGUUUACAAAGAAAUUUAUAUUGAAGUUAUGAACUGCACUGAAAUCGCCUACAUGUAAAUAAUAAUCACCAAAUAUUGUAACCAAAUUUUACACGUCCCGCAAAAGCAGGGCGAAGCGCAGGGAUGCGAGGAAACUAUGACAAAUGGUAUUACGAAAUUUAUACAAUUUAUACAAUUGAAUAUGGAAUACGAUAAGCCGCAAAGCAAUUAGUUAGGUACUUACAAAAUCUUACAAAAAUAAAUAACAACCGAGUCUUGAUGAACUCAUAAGAAAAUCAAGUUAAA